AAACUUAGCAACUGAUAGUUCAGAUGGAAAUAUUGCUUCUUAUAGACCGCGGUUGAUUGAAACGACGAACCAAGAUGAAACUUUCAAAUUAUGUGCAAACCAAUGAAUGGAAGUUAAUCAAAACUUUCUUCUGUUGCUUGACCUAUUUCACCUCUGGCGGUUGUGGUACAUUAUUGGGAUCAUCUUUACUGGAUUUACAAAUCAGAUUGGGUGUUUCGUUUAAACAAUUGUCAAGUUUAGCUCCAAGUCGAUCGAUUGGUUUUUUUAUCGGAGGAUUGAUAUCUGGAUUCCUCAACAUGUGUUUUGGACCUGAUAUGGUAUUAUUUGGUACAAUUUUUUUCGCUGGUGUAACUACGAUAUUGGCUCCAUGGUUUAAACAAUUUUACGGAACUUAUGCUUGCCUACUUUUAUCAGGAUUUGCUCAAGGAAUUUUUGAAAUCUAUACAAACAUAUGUAUCUUAUCAACUUGGAAUCAGGAAGUUUCUGUUUAUGUGCAAAUAUUGCAUGGAUCUUUUGGUCUAGGAUCUCUAUUGGCGCCUCUUCUUGUUAAACCUUUCUUGUUACCUUUGGUUCAAAAUGAAACUGAAACUCAAAGCGAUCAAGUUACUUUUGGCGAUUACAAUCCCGAUGACGUGAAAGUCCAGUAUCCAUAUUUAAUCCUUGGAUCUAUUCUGGUUUUUGGGUCGUUUGGCUUUCUCUUCUUUCACUUCAAGAACAAGUCGAUUAAGAAUGCAAAUGAAUCUACUGAUGUUGAGAUUGUGGAUGAUGAUCACCCUGUUUUAAAGAAAAUGUUUGCCGUUUUCAUUGUUGCCUGCAUAGCUCACACAACAUUUGCAGUUGAUCUAAUUACCGGAUCAUUGGCACCAGCUUUCGUUGUAAAGUCGGAUUUGAGGAUGACAAAACAAAAUGGAGCCAAUUUAGUUUCAGCUUUUUGGUUCUGCUUAACAUGUUAUCGUAUCCUUUUCAUCGUGCUCAUCAAAUUCAUCAACGAACGACGCGUAAUCAUUUUCAAUUGCACACUCUCUAUAAUAGGACUGAUACUGAUGUGUAUAUACCCUACACAUAGUCAAGUGAUUACGUGGAUCUCAUUCAUGUUACUUGCCAUCGGGAUUUCGCCAACAUUUUCUUCCUCACUUGGACUGCUACAAAAAUACAUUACAGUCUCAGACAGAUAUGCCUCAUUUUUAUUCGUAUUUGGUGCUGCUGGUGAAGCAGCGCAUCCAUGGGUUAUCUCAAAAUUCAUGGACUCUUUACCGAAACUUUUUGCCUAUUAUGUUGCCGUUUUAUCUAUUAUUCAGGUGGUUUCUGUUCUUUCAUUGCCAUCAAUAUGCCAGAAGCUUUUCAGAUGUAAAACAAAUACAACUUUGAAUAGACUUGCUUCAGUUAGAUCAAGUUCUAAAUAGCUUUACCCUGCCAGUUCAACUGAAGAUGCGUGUAUAAAAUGGUUAAACAGUUAAAACUGAAAAACAACUUACUGAAAACUUAUUUGUAUAAACAUCAAUUUUAAAUUUAUACUAAAUUCUUAUAUCAGUUUCUAUUAAAAUAUGUACAGAAAUAAUAAAUUAUAAAUAAAAUAGUACAAAUGAAAACUUUUU